UCCGCAGAUUCCACUAUGCGAAUCUGCUGGCCGUUUUCGUCGGAUGCAUGUUCUCAACGGACGGUCCAGAUCUCAACCCCUAUUUUAGCGUUACUCUUCCGCUCCUUUUCUCUUCCUCCCCAUACCACACUGCCACUCACGACUCCCUCACUUUCCUUCUCCGGUGGCCGCCGUCGUGGUGGUGGUGGUAGUUCAUUGUCUACAGCGAGGAAGAUCGCCGCCGCCGCCGCCGCCGCUUCUGCCGAACCUACAUUUUCAUUUUCCGCUGCAUCUAGGCCAAGAUGGUCGCACAGGGAUUCACUGUUGAUUUGAAUAAGCCACUUGUAUUCCAGGUAGGACAUCUUGGAGAAGAUUAUCAGGAAUGGGUUCACCAGCCCAUUGUCAGCAAAGAAGGGCCUCGGUUUUUCGAAAGUGAUUUCUGGGAGUUCUUGACUCGCACGGCUUGGUGGGCGAUUCCUUCCAUUUGGCUGCCGGUUGUUUGCUGGUUCAUAUCAAUGUCUUACAGGAUGGGUCAUACUCCUUCAGAGUUAUUUUUGAUGGUGGUAUUUGGAGUUUUUGUGUGGACGUUACUCGAAUAUACUCUUCAUCGAUUUCUUUUCCAUAUCAAAACCAAAAGCUAUUGGGGAAACACGUUACACUAUCUUCUUCAUGGUUGCCACCACAAACACCCAAUGGAUAGCUUGCGACUCGUUUUCCCUCCUGCUGCAACUGCUAUUCUGCUCUUUCCAUUCUGGAACUUGAUAAAGCUUUUUGCCACUCCAUCUACCACACCUUGUUUGGUUGGAGGUGGAUUGCUGGGCUACGUGAUGUAUGAUGUUACCCAUCACUACCUUCAUCACGGCCAGCCGUCUGGAGAGACGGCACGAAACCUUAAGAAAUACCACUUGAACCAUCACUUCAGAAUCCAAACACUAGGCUUUGGAAUUACUUCAUCACUAUGGGACAAAGUGUUUGGAACAUUGCCUCCACCUUCAAAAGUAGCUGAGAAAAGAAGAUGAUGAUGAUGAUGAUCACUUCAGGUGUAGUGUUGUAUCAGUAGCAUUAGGUUAUGUCUGCAACUUCCUGAGAUUGAUUGAUUCUCAACAUUAUUCUUUGUUCUUCUGUCUACUUAUUGCUUGAUUUAUUCGUUCCUGUCGUGUGGCGUCGUCGGGAUGGUGUGAAAUUGCCCAACUUCGAAUUCGAUUUUAUCCUGUCAUCAUAUAUCUGUGUAUCUUGAAUCAGUAUGUUCUAAGAUUAUUAUGUAGUAUAGUUUUUGUAUGGCCUCAAGUGUUCUAAUGUAAUAUAAAAUAAGGAAGAUGGUAUUUA